UUCCAGAUUGGCUCUAGGGUGCGGACUGAAGUGGUCGUUAUUGGUCGCGACGCUGUAGCUCGCCGCACGAGCUCACCCCCCUCCCGCUCGGUUGCCGUGGUUGCAGGCCCGGCCCGCCCGCUUGCCCGUUGACAGCGAGACUUAUCGCCGAGGAAAGUGGGUCCGUUGGUCGGCGGGGAACCAGGCUGCAGCGGCCCGGCCCACGCGGAGACGUUGCCAUGGCAGCCGCCGCCGGGGGCGCGGACGAGGAGCCGCGCUCGGGCCGCUCGAGCUCGGACGGCGAGUGCGCGGUGGCGCCCGAGCGGCUGACGGAGGCCGAGGGACUCUUCUCCUUCGCGGAUUUCGGGUCCGCGCUGAGUGGCGCCGCGGGCCUGCCGCGCCGGGGGUCGGGAGGGGCCCAGUCCCCGCUGCGCUACCUCCACGUCCUGUGGCAGCGCGACGCCGAGCCGCGCGACGAGCUGCGUUGCAAGAUCCCCGCCGGGCGGCUCCGGCGCGCGGCCAGGCCCCACCGCCGGCUCGGGCCCACGGGCAAGGAGGUGCACGCUCUGAAGAGGCUGAGGGACUCGGCCAAUGCCAACGACGUAGAAACAGUGCAGCAGCUGCUGGACGAUGGGGCGGACCCCUGCGCAGCGGACGACAAGGGCCGCACCGCUCUCCACUUUGCCUCCUGCAACGGCAAUGACCAGAUCGUGCAGCUGCUCCUGGACCACGGGGCCGACCCCAACCAGCGCGAUGGGCUGGGGAACACACCGCUGCAUCUGGCGGCCUGCACCAACCAUGUCCCUGUCAUCACCACACUGCUGCGAGGAGGAGCCCGCGUGGACGCCCUGGACCGAGCAGGCCGCACGCCCCUGCACCUGGCCAAGUCCAAGCUGAACAUCCUGCAGGAGGGCCACUCCCAGUGCCUGGAGGCCGUGCGGCUGGAGGUGAAGCAGAUCAUCCACAUGCUGCGGGAGUACCUGGAGCGCCUGGGGCGGCACGAGCAGCGGGAGCGGCUGGACGACCUCUGUACCCGCCUCCAGAUGACCAGCACCAAGGAGCAGGUGGAUGAAGUGACCGACCUGCUGGCCAGUUUCACGUCCCUCAGCUUGCAGAUGCAGAGCAUGGAGAAGAGGUAGCGAGAAAGUCUCCCUGCCUUCCCGCUUGGCCACCGCGCGUCCUCUGCUUCUCAUGACAAAGGAAAAGCCCCGUGUCUGGGAGUUUGGGGCACACUUCCCUCGGAUGCUGGGGAGCAGAGAUGUACUGUCCGUGACCAUGGCAUUGCUCCCAGACACCACCUCUGCAGGCCCGGAGGGACCCGGCCACCUCAGCCGUGGCCCAGGUGCUGGCCCAGUGGCCCCACUCGUCCGUGGCCUCCCUUGCAGGCCCUAGCCCUUCUCUGUGUUCCUCCUGGCUGUGAGCUGGUUGCCAUGAGCUGGCUCAGGAUGGGCACCCUCAGCCCAGGGGCAGCGUGGCCUCUCGCCUGGCCUGCCCUUCUCACCAGCAUGUAGGUUUAGGCCCAUCCCCCGACUAUCGCAGCAGCACAUCAGUGAGUCUCUCUGCUUAGAAGGAGAGGCUUGGGGACACUCAAGCCUUACCAGGGGGCUGGGGAUUUAGCUCAGCAGCACAGCGCCUGCCCAGCAAGCACAAGGUCCUGAGUUCGAUUCCCGAUACCAGAAGAAAAAUAAAAGCCUUACCAGGGUUAGGAAGUCCCCAGCCCUUUCCUUCCAGCCGCAGGAGCACCAGGAGGUGGAGCCUUUUGCAGCUUUCACUGUCAGGCUGAUAGCUGCCCGCCUGUGCCCGGUCCUCAUCCCAGGAACCCGUGACCCUUACCUCAUCUGACAAAGAGGUUCAUGGAUAUAACAGGAUUCUGAGGCAGAUGACCCUGAAUUAACUAGAGGGGCUGGAUGUAAUCAGGGAUUUUUGUAAGGAAAGCCGGGGUGAGAGAAGUAGGAGGUGUGCUGAUAGAAGCAGGAAGUUAGAGGGGAAGGAGCAGGAAGUCAAGGAAGAGGUCCAGAGCCAAGAAUGCAGGCUGCCCGCCUCCAUAAGCCGGAGGCAAGGAAAAGGCUUCUCUCGGAACUUCCAGGAGGCUCCGACACUGAUGACUCCCCAGACUUAAGCUCGGUGAGACUGAUUUCAGCUGCAAACCUCCAGAACUAUCAGAGAAUAAAUCCGUGUAGCAACAGCCACUUUGUGAUUUGCUGCUGCAGCCCCAGGAAACUAACAAAGCACUGGAGGCUCAAGGUCACCACAAGGUGUUAGUCCUGUCAGCAGCCUCAGCCCAGGCCCAGGAGCAGAAGUGCCCCCCUUGGCAGGGCUGUGCCUGGCCUGCCCCUCCUAGGAGUCUGACUACAGACUUCAGGGCCUCACGCUGUGUUCCCUGUGUGGCCCUGCCUCUUUCCCUCUCUCCAGCUGGGGAAGCCCUAGCCUGAUUCAGAGGAGAGCCUGUCCUCAGGUCCCAGUUGGGUACACUUCAGGUCUUAAAUAAACUCGGAGCCCCUAGGUUCUGGAGGAAAAUAAGUGUGAUAUUCUAGCCCAAGGGCCAGGGAUAUAGCUCACAGGCACAGCACCUGCCUGGCAAGUGUGAGGUCCUGAGUUUGAGUUCCAGUACCCGCCCCCCAAAAAAGAACAAGAUACCAGCCCAGCUGGUCAUGGUGGUCAUGCCCAUAAUCCCAGUACAGAGGAGGAGGAGGAUCACUGUGAGUUGAGGCUAGCCCGGGCAACAUAGUAAGUCCAAGGCCACCCUGAACUGCACAGUGAGACAGUGUUAUCGAAGUAAAACAUACUGGCACAUCCUAGGGCUGGCUCUAGAACCGUGCAAGAAGGAAGCUCAAAGCCCCCCAGGUUGCUAGGGCUAGGAAGGCACAGUGCUGUGGAGUGUGGGGACCAGGGGUGCCCUGAAGAGGAGCUAGGGGGCACAGUGCAGUGGGAGCAGAUUUCUUUCCCCCCUCCCUCUGGCCUGGUGGCUCAGCACCUUCUAGCUGCACCUGCAAGGUUUUCUGGGCUUGUGUUCUGUGGUGUUGGGGUGGGACCCAGUGGCUGGAGCACACUAGGCCAGCACCCCACCUCUGAGCUACACCUUAGUCCCGUUCAAGCUUUGGCUGCCUGACCCCUCAGUGCUGGAUCACCAUCUCCACCCCUGGGCCUUGGUCCCCGAGUGUGCCCUGGCACAAGCGCGGUAUCCGUUGUCAACUCCCUGCGUGGCCAUGCAGAUGUGGACAGAGGGUUUGAGGUGGCUUGUAGGUCAGUCAUCAAAUGCUUGCCAGACAGCCGGGCAGCCAGCCAGUCUGAUUCGCCCCAUUUCCAGCCAAGAUGUUUCCUGCAACCCCAAAUCUGUCUGAAGAGCCAGUCAGAUAAAAUUGGCCCAGACAUUAGAGUGAGUCAGAAAACACCCAAGUGGGCCCUGGUUGCUGGAUGGACCGGCGCUGGAGAGAAUUCAGCAGAGGUUCCCCUCGGGUUGCUUCUACUGCCAUUGCUCCAGAAGCUGCUGGUAUGUGGCAGACUGGGCAGACACAGGAAGGCGAAUCCAUAGAUGUUGAUUUCAGCGUCCAGAUGUGGGGGGUUUUUGCAUUGAGCUGUAUACCCCCAGCACUUUUCAACAAAUCACUAAAAUUGCCCAGGCUGGGCUCAAACUUUUCGAUCCCCAUGCCUGAGCCUCUCAGAGUGCCAGGGUUACAGGCGUGAAGCUCUUUUGGUCACCUUUUGUUCUCCUGAGCAGCAGGCUUGCUUGACUGACACUUGUCCAGCUGGGCAGUGACCCGGGGCCCCUUGCUGCUGCUCCUGCUGGCAUGGAUGGGUGGGGGAGCAGGUUUUCUGGGGCUACUGGGCCUGGGAGCUGGGUCCACACCCAGCGCUCAUGCUGUUUCCACCAUUUCCUAACAGAGGGCCAUGGUGUUUGCUGAGCACCUACUAUGUGCCUGCAGGCCUCUGCUUUGGUGUUUGUAAUAAAAUGUCAGGUCGCCACUUUA